AUUUAAUUAUACAUAUUUAUGAGAAAUUCCAAAAAAACUCUUCUUAUUGUUGGAGGUGGCUUUGCAGGCAUGACAAUUAUUACUCAGACAUAUAAAUAAUUUAACAUUAUAUUAUUAGAUCAAAAAUCAUAUUUCGAAGUAAUUUUAUUAAAUCAUUUUAAGUUUAUUCCUUCAGUCUUCAAUGCUUUUAUUUAACCAGAAUCAAUUUUUGAUUUAACUUUACAAUUUAAAAAUAGUAAAUUUGGACUCCUAUUCAUAUAAGGCAAACUAGUAUUUUUACAUUUAUAAAUAGACUCAUAUUGAAAACAAUGUAGCAUAUUAUGAUGGUGGAAGAAUAGAAUUUGAUUAUUGUGCUAUUACAAUUGGUUCUAAUUAUACUAAUCCUAUUAAAUCUAUAAUUCCUAAACUAACAGAUAGAUUUAUUGAACUUAAAAAAACUCAAUAAAAAAUCAUAACAUCAUCAACUAUUCUUAUUAUUGGAGGAGGCACUGUAGGUGUAGAAUUAGCUUGUGAAAUCAAAUCAAAUUAUAAAUCAAAAACAGUUGCUUUAAUUACUAAAGGUAAAAUUUUAUCUACUAUGCCAAAAUCUGCUUAUGAUUAUACUAAAAAAAGAAUGCAAGAUUUAGGAAUAGAAAUUUAAGAAAAUUAUAAAGGACAUUCUUUAGAUUCUAAUUUUGAUUUAGUUUUUAAUUGUAAAGGUAAUUCUUAUGAAAGUGUUCGACUUGAUGAUAAUUUUGAAAUGUUUGAUCCUAAAAAAUAAUUUUUAGUUGAUGACUACUUAAAAAUUAGAACAAAUCCUAAAAUUUUUUGUGCUGGUGAUAUAUGUAUUUCCAGUUAAAAUGAAACAAAAACAGCCUUUUCUGCUGAAAUGUAAGGAGAAAUUAUUGCCUACAAUUUAAAACAUCCAAAUAAAUAAAUCAAAUCUUACUGGAUACCAAAUACUUAUAUCAUUUCAUUAGGUGGAUGGAAAGCAAUCUUUAUUUUUGAAACUUUUACUUUUGGCGGCUUUCUACCUUAUUUGAUGAAACUGUUCAUUGAAGUUGUAGUUGUUAAUGAUUUUAGAGGAGUUAUUGGAUUCAAUACUAUUCAUUAGAUCAUGAAUUAUAUUGUCUAUUUAAUGCUUUACAUUUACAUGAUUUUUUAAUUGCUAUUUGCUAUUGCUCCUUUGGGAAGUAAAAUUAAAUAAGAUUAAAGAGUUGAACUCAAAAGAAUUUAAUAAGAAAUUGAAGAAUUCAAAAAGCAAUGA